AUGUCUCGAGCUCGCGAGGAUAGCGCGGCGAAUCCGUCUUACCAGUGGGAUAAUCAGAUGUCUGAACCAGCGUGGCUCGAACGGGUGCCAAGAUACCACGAAGAGUUUCCUGACGAGCCAAGGGGCCUCCCCGACGUACCCCUCAAUGUCGAUCAUCGCUACUGCACCCCGGCCCCAAUGGAUCCUCACUACAAGGACGAGCACGUCGAUCCAGACGAUGUCUUACCCCCCUACAACGAGGCGGAUUGGGCGCCGCUUCCGGACGACGAGGAGGAGCUUACUGGCGCCAGACAGCCGCUUGCGCCUCCAGGCACAGCGCAGAACCCGUUGGUCAUAGAAGACGACGGCGCAGGUCGAUACCGGAAGGCUUCUGCUUUGGAACCGCCGCCUGGUAUCGAGAACAGCCCCGCUGGUAGGCGCACCAAGCGCCAGAAAGCGAAUAAUGGCCAGGCCCUGUCCUCGACGAACAAACGGUCUCAACCAUCCGCGAACAAUGGUUCAUCAGCGGCUGGGUUGUCUUCCACGCCCAAGAAGGGCCGCGGCGCGCGUGGGCGCCCUCCAGCCGCUGCGAAGAGUCCCACUGGCCAAGCGAAGUCCAAGAAGAAUGCGUCGAACAAGUAUACCCCGAAGGUGUCCUCCCCGCUCAAGCAGGUCGCAUCCGAGGCUGCGACAAACGCGCCGGACGCACCUGUCACCCAGGGCCGCUGGUAUAUCCCUCCGCGUAAGCACUCGACGGGCAGCGUGUCCGUCAGCUCGGACAGCUCCGGGUCGUCGGAUUCCGAAUGCGACGAGUGA